AUCAAAUUUUUUGAUUAUGGGUACUAUGUGAAUAAUAUUUUGGAUGGAAAGGAUAACUUCACUUAUCUGGAUAUACACCUGGUUGAUGGUUUUUUGUGGGACAUCAAUAAGGCCAACGUAAGUGAAGAGAUUAAGAGACAAAAUAUCAGUAAGGUUGACUUGCAGUUCAUUUUGCGGUGGCACUUGUACUCGGAGAGCAGGAGCAUCUCGCUUGUCUGCGGCAGGGCCGAGCCGGACGGGGGGAGCGUCUGCGGUAGGGGUGGGAGCAGCGGUAGGAGUGGAAGCAGUGAUAGCAGCUGCAGAAGUGGAAGCAGCGGUAGGAGUGAAAGCAGCGGCAGACGUGGAAGCAGCGGCGAUAGUCGCAGAAGCGGAGGGAAUGGCCACAUCCCGGAAGAAGCGGCGCAGAGCUCAGGAGGGUACACAGCCGAUGAGCAGGAUGCGGAAGGUGCAUCCCGGGUGGGGGACACCCCCAACUCGGGCGAUGCUUCCAAAACGGGGGACACCUCCAACUCGGGUGAUGCUUCCAAAACGGGGGACACCUCCAACUCGGGUGAUGCAUCCGAUGUGGAAAGUGCACCCGAGGGAGAGUCCCGCGCAGACCAAGUGACGAAGCAUUACAACGACUACUACAAAAACCUGCUCCAAGUGAGGAACCAAAACUUCGAAAGUAUCCUGUCUCUAGUAUAUUACAUGUUUCUGGAAAAUCUGGGAAUUUUCACAAAAAAUUGUGGAGUCACAGUUUUUGGUCUUCUACUAUCAGAAGUAAGAAACAAAGAUAUCGAUUGUAACAUCUUGAUCUUAUUUGAAUUAUUGAAGUUCGGAUUUUUAACUACCGAACCAUUGGUACCUCCAAAUGGAAAAUCCUAUCCAGAAAAUGCUUACGCUUCUGUUCUGAAUUGUAAAAAUUUGACUGAACAAGAUAAAAAAAGUGUUACCCUUUUAUCUCGAAUAUAUUCAUUAUACAAUGUAGAUAUAGAUAAUUGUACAACGUAUGAUGGACUUAUUGAUUUUGAUCUAUGUGCCUUUUUUGCUGUCGUAAAAAUAAUUAAAAAAACGUUGAGACAGUUGCUACAGGCUUGUAUUGCCAAUGUACUUGUAAGUAAUAUGGAUUUAAUUCACCUUUUGCCAGAAAAUUUGUACAACCCUAAUGAUAGCAACAUUUCUGGUUUUUUCGUAACACAUCACCUUAUGGGUGUUUUAACGAAAUAUUUUUUGUUAUUCAAUUUUGAUGACUUAAAAAGGGGAGAGACAACCAUCCGUAAGGGUUCAGGGGGAUCCACCAGUGAAAGCGAAACGACUACCUUGGAUAAAGCACAUGAGCAGGGUGUAAAAUCUGCAGGGGUAAUACAGGAAAAGGUACAUAGUGAAAUAAUCAUGGGAGGUACGGAAGAGAAUAAAUCGAAUAGCAACCACGUAAGUCAAAAUGGAAAGGAUGAAAAAAUAGCCCAAGGGAACCCACCAAUCCCACCUCAAAACGAAAAGGUUAGCAAAACGGAGCAUGUUGAACAAAGGGACCAUCAAUCGUUGAAAAAGAAUUCUUCGAGGACCGAUGCGAGUAUGUCUAAUGAACGAGCAGAAUCAAGUAGUCCUAACAGUUGGAAGGGUUGCAGCACACGUAAUAACAAACCGAAUGAGGACCAUGCCUGUGAGGGGGACAGCACUGUGGAAGAUGUGUGCACUGAUGAGAGGAACGGGUUCAUCGGUCGAGAGAGUGAAGGGGAGGGAAGUGGACCAAAGAAUCACGACUUUCUGGGGGGAAGCGGCACACGCAGGAGCAGCAGCGAGGGAGCUGGUAACAACAGCUACGAAUGCGAAGAGACGGGGAACGCAGAAAGGCGAAACGGUCUUUACCCCAAGGGCCAAGAUAAUUCGCAAAACAAUUUUAACGAAUUUGAAAAGGCGGUGAGGAAAAACUUCCCGAGCUUCCUAAACCCAAUCAUUGAUUUAUGUAAUGCCAUAAACACGUGGAGGGACCACCUAAGUUUGAUCACGCAGCUGGAGAAGCAUACCAAUGUGUACGACUUGGUCUCAGACCUGAAGGCAGCAGAUCAAUUUUUGCAGAAAAAAAUUCACUACAUAGGGUUGGACAAGACGACGGCGUACAUGAACAUUUGCGCUUCGAACAACGCGUAG